AUGGAGGGAAAGUUCGGAGGUGUUCGAGGACACACUAUGGAGGGAAAGGUCGGAGGUGUUCGAGGACACACUAUGGAGGGAAAGGUCGGAGGUGUUCGAGGACACACUAUGGAGGGAAAGGUCGAAGGUGUUCGAGGACACACUAUGGAGGGGAAGGUCGUAGGUGUCCGAGGACACACUAUGGAGGGAAAGGUCGGAGGUGUUCGAGGACACACUAUGGAGGGUAAGGUCGGAGGUGUUCGAGGACACACUAUGGAGGGAAAGGUCGGAGGUGUUCGAGGACACACUAUGGAGGGGAAGGUCGGAGGUGUUCGAGGACACACUAUGGAGGGUAAGGUCGGAGGUGUCCGAGGACACACUAUGGAGGGAAAGGUCGGAGGUGUUCGAGGACACACUAUGGAGGGUAAGGACGGAGGUGAUCGAGGACACACUAUGGAGGGUAAGGACGGGGGUAGUUCGAGUACACAGUAUGGAGGGAAAGGUCGGAGGUGUUCGAGGACACACUAUGGAGGGAAAGGUCGGAGGUGUUCGAGGACACACUAUGGAGGGUAA